AUGUCGCAGCAGCAACCACCUCAACAGCCAUGUGGCAGGCCGGGAACAUCUUCAAUUAUAGAACAAUUUCGCAAGCUACACCCACCUGUGUUUGAAGGUGGCCCCGAUCCACUGGCUACUGAAGAAUGGCUUCGCCAUCUCGAGCGUAUCUUUAGAUUUAUGGAAUGCACUGAUGCACAAAAAAUCCUUUGUGCAGUAUUUAUGAUGGAAAAGGGAGCAAGCCAUUGGUGGGAGAUGACUACUAGAUCCCGCACCGAAGAACAACAGUGUAACCUUACAUGGGCACAGUUCAAAGAGAUAGUACUUCAAAAGUACUUCCCAGUCACCUUAAGAGACAAGAAGGAAGCAGAAUUUGCCCCGCAUUUGGUGGACACGGAGGAGAGACAUGCUCGGCGCUUUGAGCGUGGACUGAGAAUCGACAUUAGAAAAGCGGUGGCAGUAUUCCAAUUAAGUACUUAUCAGGGAGUUCUGGAGAAAGCUCAGGUAUACACAUUUGGUGAUGACCAGACUCGUGAAAGUAGUAAGCAACAGACAAGUUCCUUAGACAAACACAAAAACCUCAAAAGGGAGAAUGCUUGGCAGGAAAAUGUGUCAGUUACAAAUGUGGCAAGCAAGGACACGUCGCAAAAGACUGCACUGAGGGACAACCUAAGGACUAAAGAUCAAAAGGUGGGCAAGGCAAGGGUUUUUGCUUUAACACAGGAAGAGGCAGAGCUCGACUACAAUGUAGUGGCAGGUAUCAUAUCAAUCUCUGACACCCCUGCUCUUAUAUUAAUUGAUUCAAGAGCUACACACUCGUUUAUUUCUUCGAUAUUCAUUUUAAAGUCAAAUAUAGAAUGUGUACCCCUUGAUAGCAUAUUAGAAGUAUCAUUACCAUCUGGAAAAGGGCUCAAUACAAAUUAUAUAGCGAGGAACCUAAAUCUAGAAACGGAUGAGAAGAUUAUAAGAACAGACUUAGUGGUUCUAGAUAUGAAAGAUUUUGAUGUUAUACUUGGGAUGGACUGGUUGUCAAAAAUUCAUGCAACCAUUCGUUGUUUCGAGAAGGAUGUAAUUUUUCAACGACCUGGUGAAGAAGAAUUUCAUUUCUUUGGAACAAGGGUAAAACCUCUACCCAGACUUAUAUCAGCAGUACAAGCUAUACGCUUGUUGAAAAAGAAGUCAGCUCAAGGAUUCUUAGUGUCAUUGACCAGCACUGAUAAGAAAGAGUUAACCAUUGACGAAGUCCCAGUGGUUAAGAAUUUUUCAGAUGUAUUUCCCGAAAAUAUACUAGGAAUGCCUCCAAAUCGAGAGGUAGAGUUCACUAUUGACCUUGUACCGGGUGCCACGCCAAUUUCAAAGGCCCCAUAUCGUAUGGCACCAGUAAAACUUCAAGAAUUGAAAGUAUAA